AUGAACUUGCUUCCAAUUUUUCUACUAUUCGUACUAGCAAUUGCUCAAAAAAAGAAAUGUUUUGUAAGCCACAAGAACAUUCGAAUAUCUUGUGGAAAAUCUAUAGAUACAAGAACGUCGAUUACUUUGGAAGAAUGCGAAUCUGCUUGCAUUCGGUAUAAUACCCAAUGUCAAACUAUUCAGUAUGACUAUUAUCGUAACAUUUGUGAGAUUUUUUAUGUUCCUUCUCCAUUGAAAAUGAACGAUACAACUUCCGAAGAACUUCGAAGACGAGAAGUCGCACUUGGAAAUACUGAAUGUGCGAUAGCUUCGUUACUCCCAACAAUUGGAACAACACAUUUGAUCCCUCAAUGGGACUGCUUAUCCGAGUUGUCAAACAUCAGAAUGGCACCUAAUAUUUCCGAACCCGUUGAUCUGAUACCGGCACCGUCGCCCACAUUUACUGGACAACUUGCCACACCACAAAGACCGAAACCAGUAAGUUGUUUAGUGUUGUUAAUGUAA